AUCAUAAACAAAUACUGAUGGAAAUCUGACGUCAUCUACCGUCUCCAGAUGCAUUCGCCUUUACAAACCCUAAUUUCUCCGCUCCACUUCAGCUCUGUGAUUCAACUGAGUUUUUUCUCACAAUUUGAGCAUGCAUACUCGAGGGUACAAGUCUCUGAGGAGCCUUGUCGUAAUUGUUGAGUGAGAUCACAGUCUGCUCUCUGAAGAAACGGAAGGUAGUCAUGAAGGCGAAUGUAUGGAGGAGAGUAUUGUUGCUGCUUCUCGUCCUGCCUACGCUGGCAGUGUUUGCUGAUAGAGACGAUGACGACUUUGGACUUGAAGGAGAAGCCCCCCGAGAGCUGCUCAUGCUCUCGGACCGCAAUUUUGAGCACGACACACAAGCUGCCACUGGUCAAACAACCGGAGCUUGGGUCGUACUAUUCUUAGAUCGGCAAUGUGAGAAAUGUACUAUAUCUGAAAAAGCGUUGUUGGAGGCCGCUACAGAGCAACAGCCGAUAGCAGCUCAGGUGAAUGUGUUGCAGAGUCCAAAACUUCGUAAAAGAUUUUCACUGACUAGCGUGCCAGCAUUGCGCCUGUUCAGAGAUCGCCGAAUGUUUAUUUACAAGGGAGACUGGAAUGCAGCUUCUAUUUCAGCAUUUAUUAAGAGUGGGUGGAAGGAAACAGAAGCUCUAGAAGUUCCGCCUGAAGCAUCCGGGCUCUCUGAUUUAUUGGACGACAUCAAGAAUUCCUUUCAUCCCACAGUCGAGUAUUUGGGAAGAAGACCAGGGCUUAUGAUAGCAUUGGGGGGCUUCUUCGCUACAACAACUUAUGCACUGACUUUGAAGGUUUUAGGGUUGACUACAAAGAAGAAACCUACUCGGACAGUGAAGAAACGUGCUGAUUAAGGGUCGGAAGUUGACAGGGAUAGUUUCACUGGUUACUGAUCAACUUUGUUUGCUUCAGCAGUUUCAAACAAGAUUUUGUUUGUGGGAACAGUUUGUCGAGGACUUUGGACCGUGUACUGGUCCGAGCAAUGCAAGUGUCGACUGAAUUGUCCACUGUUACUGUCCCAGCGACAAAUGUUGUUGUGUCGAGUACAUUCAACUGAAGCAAUAACAGCUUGUAAUCAGUGUACACAUCAAUACGGUUCCAGCUCAAUUCCUCAAA